UCUAUUCGCUAUUAUAUGGUGCUUGUACAGAAUGAUAAAGAAAAGAAACAAAAUCAAGCUCAAGAAAAAAUUCUUCAAAGAGAAUGGUGGUUUAUUAUUACAACAACAAUUAUCUUCAAAUGACAACAAUGUUCAAAGGAUAAAAUUAUUCAAUUCAAAGGAGUUGAAAAAUGCGACCGAUCAUUUUAACAAAAACAGAAUACUUGGUAAAGGUGGGCAAGGUACAGUUUCUGAAGGAAUGUUAGUUGAUGGAAGAAUUGUGGCAAUUAAAAAGUGCAACACAGUGGAUAAGGAAAAUAUUGAAAAAUUUAUUAGUGAGAUUAUCAUUCUUUCCCAAAUCAACCAUAGAAAUGUGGUCAAACUACUUGGGUGGUGUUUAGAGACAGAAGUUCCUUUGUUAGUUUAUGAAUUCAUUCCUAAUGGGACACUUUCUCAGUACAUUCAUGAAGAGAAUGAAGAGUUUCCAUUACUAACAUGGGAUAUGCGCUUAAGGAUUGCCAUAGAAGUUGCAAGAGCUCUUUCUUACUUACACUCAGCAGCUUCACUACCCAUUUACCAUCAAGAUAUAAAAUCUUCAAACAUACUCCUUGAUGAAAAAUAUAGAGCAAAAGUAGCAGACUUUGGAACUUCAAGAACAGUGGCCAUUGGCCAAACUCAUGUAACUACACUGGUAUAUGGUACUUUUGGGUACUUGGAUCCGGAAUACUUUCAAACAAGCCAAUUUACAGAAAAAAGUGAUGUUUAUAGUUUUGGAGUAGUCCUUAUUGAGCUUUUAACUGGAAAAAAGCCAGUUUUUUUAACAAGAUCACAAGAAGAUCGAAAUUUAUCUACAUACUUCAUUCAUUCAGUAAAAGAGAACCAUCUCUUUGAUAUACUUGAUACUCAAGUAAGGAAGGAUGGUAAUAAACAUGAAGUCAUGGCAAUUGCUAACCUUGCACAAAGAUGUUUGCACUUGUAUGGAAAGAAACGACCUACGAUGACAGAGAUUGUGAAGGAGUUGGAGGGAGUUCAAAAAGUUUAUCAUGAUCAACCAAAUUUUGAAGAAUUUGAUUAUGUUAGAAAUGAAGAAAUGAGGCCUUGGAAUGACAUUUCUAUUUUAUCAAGAUCAAGUUUAGAAAUAGGUGAACCUUCAUCACAAUUUGUCCUUCCAUUUUUAUCUCACUUUGAUUAAUAAAUUAUCUAUUUUGGUACUUUUUCUUCCUUGUUGUAAACUAUUAUAACUUCUUUUAGGCAUAUGCACAAUAUACUAGUCAA